GCCGAACUUCGAGGUGCUCUUUGAGCGCUCCAUUUCGGAAAAGAAGCUUGCGAUAGAGCGCUGCAUUGCGGAAAACAAGCUUGCCAUAGAGCGCUCCAGAUCAGAGCACAAGAUUGAAGUGCAGAAGCACUUUCCUCAAGUGGACCUGUCUCAGCAGCGGGCCAUCGCGUUGGUCGAGCGGAAGCUCCAGACUGGCCAGUAUAUUCUGGGGUGGCUGGUCAUUCUGAACAUCCUCGUCUCGGCAGGCACAGCAACAAACGAGAGCUACAUAUCGAAGCUGCUUUCCUUCCUGACGGAGUAGGUCAUCAGACACUAAGACUUGCUUCGGUCGCAGCAUUCAGGACACGAAGACUGGCUGCCGUGAGACGGUUCAGCGCGUGAGGCUACACUCAUAGCGAGUAACACCCUGUAGUGCAUGUGUGUAGUCGCGCAUGCUACGGUACUUGCGUUGUUCCCUGAAGUGCCGCACGGUCUAAACGCGCGCGUCUCCGACAUGCGGAGGGAUGCAGCGCUAUGUGAGUGGUAUUUUGCUUGAGGGGAUUCUGAGAUAGCACCCCUUUCACGGACUGAGCGCGUCCGGCAGUCCGUUGGCCAUAGGCGUGUCGCUCAGUCCCGGACAAGCGUCUCUGACACGCAUGGAGCGGGGCCGCCGCUGUUGUUACCAAUUGCUGGGCUAGGGAUACCGCUUAGACAUAGGCAUAGCACAUAGCCUUGACAAACCGGCUGACGUACCCAGGUCAGCCGGUAAGGUGUGGAUUACUGAUCGAAGAUUGAACGAAUGCAGCGCAUAAGUGAAAGGCACGGUGUAUUGGCAAGGAUGUUCCCAACGCAAAACGACGGACAAAGGCCAUACCUACCAAAUGGUGACCGUUUGGUUGGCCUACUUAAAGGUGGUUAUUAAUCUAGAUGGCCCGUAUUAUACAGUUUGGCUAAUCACCACCCUCAUUAUGAGGUACGUCCGAUAGAUAGUUGGGAGGGGGAGGGGCACCCUCCCCUUUAAACCCCCUCCCGCACGUAUUACUGUGUAAAUGAAGC